CAUUUCCAUUUUUAAAAAAUAAUUUUUUUUGAGCUUCUCCAAUAUCUUUUAAAAUUAAUCUUGGUCUAGAUUACCAUUUUCAGAGAAGUUUUCUGGAUGAUCUUUCCUCUAAAGUUUUAAGUUUUUUUUUUGGUCAAUUCUUUUUAAAGUUUUAUGAUUUUUUUUUAAUUUUUUUGGUAAAUUCUUUAAAGCUUCUUCUUUUAAAAGCGGGAUCAUUAUGAUGUUGUUGAUGAUGAUGGUGUGAUGAUCUGUAAAUAAUAGAAUUAAAGAAGAAGAACACCAACCAAAAUCAGAGGAAAAGAUCCAACCUUUUUUUUUUUUGUUUUUUUCAAUCAUUCGAAUUAAUUUCUUCGGAUUGGGUAAUCUAUAACUCUGAAUCUCGAAUUUGGGGUUUGCUGCAAUCCAAAAGAUUGUUUUUGGUUCCUUGUUGUUGUGUCGCUGGUGGUGGUGAUUGCUUUAGAGUUCGUUCUAUCAUCGGGUCCGAUCAAAAUUUCAGUUUUGUAUCGUAAGACGAUGAGGUUCCUGAGCCUCGUCGGGAACUCAUUCGGUUGUUCUGCGUCCGGCGAACGCUUAGUAUCAGCUGCCAGAGACGGCGAUCUUCAGGAAGCCAAAGCUCUUUUAGAUUACAACCCAAGACUCGCUCGUUACUCCACUUUUGGCGUUCGUAACUCUCCUCUUCAUUACUCUGCUGCUCAAGGCCACCACGAGAUAGUUUCUCUGUUGGUGGAAUCAGGAGUUGAUAUUAAUCUCCGCAACUACCGUGGACAGACGGCUUUGAUGCAAGCUUGUCAACAUGGUCACUGGGAGGUUGUUUUGAUUCUGAUUCUUUUUGGUGCUAAUAUUCACAGAUCAGAUUACUUAAAUGGCGGUACUGCUCUACACCUUGCGGCUCUUAAUGGUCACCCUCGCUGUAUCAGGAUCUUGCUUUCCGAGUUCAUACCAAGUGUUCCCAAUUGCUGGAGCCUGUUGAAGAAGAAUAAAUGCUCAACUGCAGGAUUUGAUCCUAGUGUUCUUCACGAAGUGAUCAACAGAGCAGCAGAUGGUGGAAUCACACCUCUUCAUGUGGCGGCUUUGAACGGACACAUAGAGACAGUGCAGUUACUCUUGGAUUUGGGAGCUUCGGUUACUCAGGUCACUGUGGAAGAUGGAACCACAAUAGAUCUUAUAGGUGCUGGCAGUACAGCUCUCCAUUAUGCUUCAUGUGGCGGAAACACGCAGUGUUGCCAGCUUCUGAUCGAUAAGGGUGCCUGUUUAGCUGCCAUAAACUCCAACGGAUGGACGCCAUUGAUGGUUGCUCGCUCAUGGCACCGCAACUGGCUGGAUGAAAUCCUGAACCCAACCACAGUACAACCACAAAGCCAUCCACAAAACGUCCCCUCUCCUUUCCUCUGCCUUCCUCUAAUGAGCAUUGUCAAGAUUGCUCAAGAAUGCGGCUGGCGAGAAAAUGAUUGUCUCACUCCAUGUCGUGACCCUUGUGCCGUUUGUUUAGAAAGAAAAUGCACAGUAGCUGCAGAUGGAUGUGCUCAUGAGUUCUGCACAAACUGUGCAUUAUACCUAAGCACCACAAACAUAACAUCGUCCAAGACAUCAAAAGCCACACCAGGUUCAGUCCCGUGUCCUCUCUGUCGCAACGGCAUUGUCUCAUUUACGAGACUUCCUCAUACAACAAGCAUAACAACAGCAACAUCAUCAAGAACAAGCAUCUCAUUGUCCUUCUGCACUUGCUCCUCAGAUGUCUUAGACACAGCUCUCCUGACUAACCCUCACUACAGCUGUAGACCCGUUGUGUCGAGAACUGGUUCUAGAAUUCCACAUUCCGUAAGAUCAUCAUCGUUUCGGUCCCUUAGCUGCCAUAGGUUUCCUCCAAGCCUCUGCCUCAGGGGAUCAGACGUCGAGGAACCACAAAGCCGGUUAAUGGGGGGAUCAUAUUCAAGAUCCGGUGUAGGGUUCAGGCGAUCGGCGUCGCAGGUUGAAGGAAAACGUUCUUGGUUUUCUGCACUCAACCAUUGUGUAACAACCGGUGGAAGUGCUUGCUAACUCAAAACUCUUUUUUUACUUUCUCUAAAUUUUUUGUUCCCAGUAUUUUUGGGAUUAAAAGAAAAGAAUUUGAGCUAAUUGAUACUGUGAAUGGUGUGGUAAUUAUUCAUUUUGUGAUAAUUGAAAAUGUUGUAAUAAAUAUAAUUAACUUGGCUCUGCCAUUACAAUGAAAUGGUGUGUAUAUAUAAAUGAUAAUAUUAUGUUUCAGAGUGUUAUUUUAA